AACUUGAUUGGUUUGUAAGGAGGUUGGGCAAUAGAAGCAACAUUAUUAAAGAGCCGAAGAGGAAAAACUGCAAUUUUUUUCGCAUUUCCUACCGCUCUUGUGACGUGUUUUGUUAGAAUUUCCUCUUCAUUCCUUUCUUGAAAAUGACCAAAAUAAAAUGUGGUCCAGUUGUGGAGGUACAAGGUGAUGAAAUGACUAGAAUUAUCUGGGAUUUGAUAAAAGAAAAACUUAUUCUUCCAUUUUUGGAUGUAGAACUUAUCACUUUUGACCUUGGAAUUGAAAAUAGAGAUGCUACAAAUGAUCAAGUUACUAUAGAUUGUGCAAAUGCCAUUAAGAAAUAUAAUGUUGGAGUCAAGUGUGCCACAAUUACUCCAGAUGAAAACAGAGUUGUUGAAUUCAACUUGAAGCAGAUGUGGAAAUCUCCUAAUGGUACAAUCAGAAAUAUAUUAGGAGGAACUGUUUUUAGGGAAGCAAUUAUAUGCAAGAAUAUUCCUCGUCUUGUGCCUGGCUGGACCAAGCCUAUUAUUAUUGGUCGUCAUGCCUACGGUGAUCAAUAUCGAGCUACAGAUUUUGUUGUUCCAGGACCAGGGAAACUGGAAGUUACAUAUACGCCUACUGAUGGCACACCUCCUUUAAAGUACACAGUAUUCGACUUUAAAGAUGGUGGUGGUGUAUCUCUUUCAAUGUACAAUACUGACAAAUCUAUUACAGAUUUUGCUCACAGCUCCUUCCAGUAUGCUUUGCAGGCAAAGUAUCCUCUAUAUUUGAGUACAAAGAAUACCAUUUUGAAGAAAUAUGAUGGUCGCUUCAAGGACAUAUUUCAAGAAAUAUAUGAAAAAGAAUAUCAAUCUCAAUUUGAAGCGAAAGGAAUUUGGUAUGAACACAGACUUAUAGAUGACAUGGUAGCUCAAGCAAUGAAGUCUGAAGGUGGAUUUGUUUGGGCAUGCAAAAAUUAUGAUGGAGAUGUUCAGUCCGAUUCAGUUGCGCAAGGAUAUGGUUCAUUGGGCUUGAUGACUAGUGUAUUAAUAUGCCCUGAUGGAAAAACUGUUGAAGCAGAAGCAGCGCAUGGGACUGUAACUAGGCAUUAUCGAAUGCAUCAAAAAGGACAAGAAACGUCUACUAACCCAAUAGCCUCAAUAUUUGCUUGGACUAGAGGAUUAAUGCAUCGAGCCAAGUUAGACGGCAAUUCAAAAUUGGAUGAAUUCGCCAAAGCUUUGGAACAAGUUUGUAUAGAAACCAUUGAAUCUGGUUUCAUGACAAAAGAUCUUGCCAUUUGCAUCAAAAGUUUGAAAACUGUUACAAGAAGUGACUAUUUGAACACGUUUGAAUUCAUGGAUAAACUUGCAGAAAAUCUGAACAAGAAACUGCAGGCAUGACUGAAAGAAGCAAGUAAAUUGUAGCAUGGAAUUUAUUGGCAAUUACAUUAAGGGCAUCUGCUUUGAAACAUAUAUUCUUUCCUACUUAUCAAUAUCAGUAUUUUUCAACUGAGUUGUAUCUGAAUUUAUUUUAUACAGUGAUUGUGAGAUACUCGAUCUGUACUCGAAACUCCUGUUGAUCUUGGGGAAAAUCUCUUAUUUUAC